GUCCGAUUGCAUCCAAUAAUUGAAGAGACCACGCCCUCGCCAAAAAAAGGUGCUCCUGCUGCUUCUAGUUCUACUUUGGCUGAUGUUGAUGGCGAACACAACAAGGAGCAAGAAGAGGAGAAGAUACAAACCGCACUAGAAUGUUACAAGAAGGAGAAAGAGAGGUUGCAGACUAGGUUGGCUCCAUUUCGACAGGCUCUAAGAAUGCC